ACUUUAUUUUAUAUACUUUUACAUCGAUAAACAAUAAGCUAUGGAUGAAAUAAUUUCUUAUUUUCAAUAAUUAUUCUACAAUUUUAUUACAUACCUAUUAAAUUAUAAGUACCUCCUUUACCUGAUGUUUAAGUGUAGAAUAAGCGUAACUAAAUAAGUAAUGGUUUCAGGUUUUAAUUUAGUGUUAGGAAAUAAUUGUCUCAAGCUUUUGAAAAAUAAUUUAAAAAUCAAUAAGCGUAAACAUUUAAGAAUGGCAUCGAGUGGUGAUAAGUGUACUAUUGCAGUUUGUCAAAUGACUGCAACAAAUAAUAAAGAAGAAAAUUACGACAUUAUAGAUAAGUUGGUAACAGAAGCUGCAGCUAAAAAUGCUAAAAUGGUAUUUUUACCCGAAGCUUGUGAUUACAUUGGUACAAAUAAAAAUGAAACCAAAUCCUUAGCUGAAGGUAUUGAUGGACCAGUUAUGACUAAAUACAAAUCUUUAGCAAAAAGGAAUGAUAUGUGGUUAUCUGUGGGGGGUUUUCAUUUAAAGGGUUCUGCUGAAGAGGAUAAAUUAUACAAUGCUCACAUUAUUAUUGACAAUAAUGGAGUUAUAAAAGCAAUUUACAAAAAACUGCAUUUAUUUGAUGUGGAUAUUCCAGAAAAAAAUAUACAAUUAAAGGAGUCAAAUGAUGUUUUCAGUGGUGAUCAAAUUUUACCACCAAUUGAUUCUCCUGUAGGACCUUUAGGUUUAUUGAUUUGUUAUGAUCUAAGAUUUCCUGAAGUGAGUAUUCUUUUACGUAAAAAGGGUACAAAUGUUUUAACUUUCCCAUCAGCUUUUACCAGUGGAACUGGACAAGCUCAUUGGGAAGUUUUAUUGAGAGCCAGAGCAAUUGAAAAUCAAUGCUAUGUUAUAGCUGCAGCUCAAUAUGGAAAACACAAUUCAAAAAGAACAUCUCAUGGACAAGCUAUGAUUGUCGAUCCUUGGGGCCAAAUUCUUGCAGAAUGUAUCAAAUAUUCUGAGAAUACUCCUACAAAUGCAAGUAUAGCUAUUGCAACAUUAGACAACACUAAACUUAAUAAAAUUCGACAAGAUAUUCCUGUAUUUCAAAAUAGGAGAGAUGAUAUGUACCAACUAGUAGAUACAAGCAAGCAAGAAGUACCUUCAAUAGAUGCAAUACCAUUUUAUAUGUUUAAUUCCCAUAAAAUUCCAUCAUCCACAGUUUUUUACCGUUCAAAGCAUUGCUUUGCUUUUACAAACAUUCGUUGUGUUGUAGCAGGACAUGUACUUGUUGCAUCAUUGAGAUCGGCUAAAAGACUACCUGACUUAGCACCAGAAGAAAUUUGCGACCUUUUCCUAACAGUUGUAAAAGUUCAGAAGGUAUUAGAAAUUGUUUAUAAAGCAUCAUCAUCAACUAUUUGUGUUCAAGAUGGGCCAGCUGCUGGGCAAACUAUACCACAAGUGCAUUGCCAUGUUAUGCCAAGAAGCAAUGGCGAUUUUAACCAAAAUGAUGAAGUUUAUGAAAGAUUGGCUGCACAUGAUAAACCUGGUUAUGAACAACCAAUUAGAAAACUUGAAGAGCAAAUUGCUGAAGCCACACUCCUCAGAAAAUAUUUCUGAAGUAGUAUCAUCUCAAAACCAGUACAUUUGAAGAAACUAGUAUAAUCUAUUUAUUAUAAUUAAAAUAAAUUUUAUUUUUAUUAUCACCAUGUAAAUGUAAAAGUAUCAGACACUAAAAAAAUUAUAUUUAACUCUUUGUGUGUUUAUACGGGAUCGUUUACAGCAGGGAACAUAAGAGUAACUACAUUAAUUUUCAAAUUUGGAAUUUUAAUGAUAUUUUCAAUAAUU